GCCAAUCAGCUACAGAGUGGGCUGCCCUGAGUCGGCCUCCCAAACGCAAAGUCUAGGGUUGGAGCAGGAGCAGGAGAGGGACAAUGGAAGAUGCCCCGUCCAGGUUCAUGUUCCUCCUAUUUCUCCUCACGUGUGAGCUGGCUGCAGAAGUUGCUGCAGAAGUUGAGAAAUCCUCAGAUGGUCCUGGUGCUGCCCAGGAACCCACGUGGCUCGCAGAUGUCCCAGCUGCCAUGGAAUUCAUUGCUGCCACUGAGGUGGCUGUCAUAGGCUUCUUCCAGGAUUUAGAAAUACUAGCAGUGCCCAUACUCCAUAGCAUGGUGCAAAAAUUCCCAGGCGUGUCAUUUGGGAUCAGCAUUGAUUCUGAGGUUCUGACACACUACAACAUCACUGGGAACACCAUCUGCCUCUUUCGCCUGGUAGACAAUGAACAACUGAAUUUAGAGGACGAAGACAUUGAAAGCAUUGAUGCCACCAAAUUGAGCCGUUUCAUUGAGAUCAACAGCCUCCACAUGGUGACAGAGUACAACCCUGUGACUGUGAUUGGGCUAUUCAACAGCAUAAUUCAGAUUCAUCUCCUCCUGAUAAUGAACAAGGCCUCCCCAGAGUAUGAAGAGAACAUGCACAGAUACCAGAAGGCAGCCAAGCUCUUCCAGGGGAAGAUUCUCUUUAUUCUGGUGGACAGUGGUGUGAAAGAAAAUGGGAAGGUGAUAUCAUUUUUCAAACUAAAGGAGUCUCAACUGCCAGCUUUGGCAAUUUACCGGACUCUAGAUGACGAGUGGGAUACACUGCCCACAGCAGAAGUUUCCGUAGAGCAUGUGCAAAACUUUUGUGAUGGAUUCCUAAGUGGAAAAUUGUUGAAAGAAAAUCGUGAAUCAGAAGGAAAGACUCCAAAGGUGGAACUCUGACUUCUCCUUGGAACUACAUAUGACCAAGUAUCUACUUUAUGCAAAGUAAAAAGGCACAACUCAAAACUCAGAGACACUAAACAACAGGAUCACCAGGCCUGCCACCCACACACACACAUGCACGCGCACACACGCACGCACACGUGCACACACACGCGCGCACGCACACACACACACAGAGCUUCAUUUCCUGUCUUAAAAUCUCAUUUUCUCUUCUUCCUUCUUUUAAACUUCAUAUCCUCACUCCCUAUCCAAUUUCCUUCUUAUUGUGCAUUCAUACUCUGUAAGCCCAUCUGUAACACACCUAGAUCAAGGCUUUAAGAGACUCACUAUGAUGCCUCUAUGAAAGAGAGGCAUUCCUAGAGAAAGAUUGUUCCAAUUUGUCAUUUAAUAUCAAGUUUGUAUACUGCACAUGACUUACACACAACAUAGUUCCUGCUCUUUUAAGGUUACCUAAGGGUUGAAACUCUACCUUCUUUCAUAAGCACAUGUCCGUCUCUGACUCAGGAUCAAAAACCAAAGGAUGGUUUUAAACACCUUUCUAAAAUUGUCUUUUUGCCAGAAGUUAAAGGCUGUCUCCAAGUCCCUGAACUCAGCAGAAAUAGACCAUGUGAAAACUCCAUGCUUGGUUAGCAUCUCCAACUCCCCAUGUAAAUCAACAACCUGCAUAAUAAAUAAAAGGCAAUCAUGUUA